AUGUCAUCUUAUAAAUCAUUAAUAAAUAAUUAUCCCAAAGAAGACCAAGAUCAAGAUCAAAAUCAAGAUCCAUUUGCUGAUGACCAUACAUUAGUUGAUAAUAAUCGACCUUUACUACUGAACUCCGAUCAUAAAUCAAGCUCGAGUAAUAAUAGUGAAAAUAAUCAUAAUGAAUUUAUACAAAAUGAUGAUAAUAAUGAAAUAAUAGAUAAUUCAGAUGAUGAUGAUCAAUUUGAUCCAAUAGUGUUUAAACACGAAGAUAUUGAAAAUUCAUCAUUAGCUUCUAAUUCAUUUACUGAUAAUUUUGGUAAUUCAUAUACAAAUAUUGAUUUUGAUAAUAAGAAAUAUACACUGAAUUUAAAAUUCAAAGGUAAUAAAUUGGUUUAUUUCACUUCUGCCUUUGUUAGUUUAUUUGUUAGUUUAUUUGGGUAUGAACAAGGGGUUUGUUCAGGAAUAUUAGCAUAUGAUACGUUUAAUUUAUAUUUUAAUAAUCCAAAUGCUGCUAUAAUAGGUACUAUUAUUUCAAUUUUAGAAAUUGGUGCUAUGAUUAGUUCUUUAUUAGUUGCAAAAAUUUCUGAUCAAAUAGGUAGAAAAAGGACUAUUUUAUUAGGAACUUUUAUUUUUAUGAUUGGUGGUUGUUUACAAUCUUUUUGUCCUAAUUUAUUUAUAUUUGGAAUCGGUAGAGUAUUUUCUGGUAUUGGUGUUGGUGUUUUAUCAACUAUUGUUGUUUCUUAUCAAGCUGAAAUUUCACCAGGUGAAGAAAGAGGUAAAUUAUUAUGUGGAGAAUUUACUGGGAAUAUAUUUGGAUAUGCUUUAAGUGUUUGGGUUGAUUAUUUUUGUUAUUUUAUUCAAGAUAUUCAAAAUGCAAGAAAUCAUCCAAAUUCGUUUUAUGCAAAUUUAAGUUGGAGAUUACCUUUAUUUAUACAAGUAAUAAUUGCAUUUAUAUUAUUUCUUGGUGGAUUUUUCAUUGUUGAAAGUCCUAGAUGGUUAUUAGAUAAUGAUAUGGAUCAACAAGGAUUUCAUGUAUUAUCAUUAUUAUAUGAUUCCCACAAGAAUUCAUCACAACCAAGAAUUGAAUUUUUUAUGAUUAAAAAUUCUAUAUUAAGAGAAAAAAGAGAUGUUCCAAAAUCAGAAAGAACAUGGAAAUAUUUAUUUACAAAAUAUAAAAUUAGAUGUUUUGUUGCAUGUUCAGCUUUAAUUUUUGCACAAUUUAAUGGUAUAAAUAUAAUUUCAUAUUAUGCACCAUUAGUAUUUGAGCAAGCUGGUUUUAAUGAUUCUGGUGCAUUAUUAAUGACGGGUAUAAAUGGAACAAUUUAUUUAUUAUCUACAAUUCCACCUUGGUUUCUUGUUGAUAAAUGGGGUAGAAGACCAAUUUUAAUUAGUUCUGGUUUAGCUAUGGGAAUUUGUUUAUUUAUGGUUGCAUGUUUUAUGAAAUUGAAUAAAUCUUUUACUCCAACAAUAGUUGCAAUAUUAGUUAUUAUUUUUAAUGCUUCAUUUGGGUUUGGAUUUGGUCCUAUUCCAUUUUUAUUAGCUGGUGAAUCAUUUCCAUUAAGUGUUAGAUCAAAAGGUGUAAGUUUGGCAGUUUCAUGUAAUUGGCUAAGUAAUUUUAUUGUUGGUUUAUUAGCUCCAAUUUUAAGACAAUUGAUACAAUGGGCAAUGUAUUUAUUUCCUGCUACUUCAUGUAUAAUUAGUGUUGUCGUUGUUAUUAUAUUUUAUCCAGAAACUAAAGGAGUUGAAUUGGAAGAUAUUGAUCAAAUUUUUGAUGAUUUUUAUUCAAUUAAUCCAUUAAAUAGAAUAACUGAGUCAUUAAGAAGAAAAAAUAGAAUAAAGAGGAAAUAUGAUAAAAUUAAUCAUCAAAUUAAUGCUAAUGAUAAUUAUGAAAUGCAACAAUUGAAUGAAUUUGAUUAUGAAGAUGAAAAUGAAAAUGAAAAUGAUAAUGAUAAUGAUAAUGAUGUAGAACGUAGAGAAAUGUUAUAA